GAUAGUUCUCUCGUUAGUAAUGCGUUCUUGAUGGCUUUAAUGGAAAUUUGAUGGUUGUUGCAACUAUGUGUUGAUGAUGAAGAGAGCUGCUGUUGUUGUUGUUGCUUGUGUUGUUGGUGUUUUUGGUGUUGUUGGUGGUGUUAGUGGUGUUAGUGGUGUUGCUUGCGUUGUUGCCGUUGCUGGUGGUGCUCCGGCUGUUGACCGAGGUGAUGGCGGUACUGCUGCUGCCAAUAGUGAUGGCGGUGGUGUUACUGCUGUCUUUAGUAAUGGCGGUAGUAUUGCUACUACCUUUAGUAAUGGCGGUAGUAUUACUACUGCCUUUAGUAAUGGCGGUAGUGUUACUACUACCUUUGGUAAUAGCGGUGGUAUUGCUAUUGCCUUUAAUAAUAGCAGUGGUGUUGCUGCUGUUGAGAAUGAAAUAAUUAAAUAUUGA